ACAGACUAUUUUUAUGAUCAUGGGAGGUGUGAGAGAAUUGAUGCUAUUUGUGGUGACUGUGGGGGUUGUGAAAGUUUCUUGUUACCCUGUUGGAAAGUCCCAGAAGCAAGAGCAAGUCUCUCUGCAGAGGAGACUUGGAGAGCUGUCAUCAAAUGACGUCUCCAUUGUGCAUGCCCUGGCCUUGCUCCGAUCCAUAGGGUCUGAUGCUAAACAAGACAGAGAAGAGUAUUUCGAGACUAAUGAAGUAGAAUCCCAAGCUUCUCCAAACCAUGGUAGCUCUACGGCAAAUGAUGCCCUGUCCUCUGACGACGCUACCUCUGAAGCUGCCACUGGCCCGUCUGACGACGCUACCUCUGAAGCUGCCACUGGCCCGUCUGACGACGCUACCUCUGAAGCUGCCACUGGCCCGUCUGACUACGCUACCUCUGAAGCUGCCACUGGCCCGUCUGACUACGCUGCCUCUGAAGCUGCCACUGGCCCGUCUGACUACGCUGCCUCUGAAGCUGCCACUGGCCCGUCUGACGACGCUACCUCUGAAGCUGCCACUGGCCCGUCUGACUACGCUGCCUCUGAAGCUGCCACUGGCCCGUCUGACGACGCUACCUCUGAAGCUGCCACUGGCCCGUCGGACGACGCUACCUCUGAAGCUGCCACUGGCCCGUCGGACGACGCUACCUCUGAAGCUGCCACUGGCCCGUCGGACGACGCUACCUCUGAAGCUGCCACUGGCCCGUCGGACGACGCUACCUCUGAAGCUGCCACUGGCCCGUCUGACGACGCUACCUCUGAAGCUGCCACUGGCCCGUCUGACGACGCUACCUCUGAAGCUGCCACUGGCCCGUCUGACGACGCUACCUCUGAAGCUGCCACUGGCCCGUCUGACGACGCUACCUCUGAAGCUGCCACUGGCCCGUCUGACGACGCUACCUCUGAAGCUGCCACUGGCCCGUCUGACGACGCUACCUCUGAAGCUGCCACUGGCCCGUCUGACGACGCUGCCUCUGAAGCUUCCACUGGCCAGUCUGACCACGCCAUUGAGGAACUGUUGACUUCUGCAUCUCAGCCCCCGUUGACCACAAACAUGGAUAUCUGAUGUGGGACAUGGUGCUCGGGGUCCAUGCAAGAGUUCAUGGGUUUUUUGUCCAGGUUGUGUGUGUAACUGCAAUUUCUUGUUUUGGCUCAAUUAAACGCUAACUGUAAUAA